AUGCCUCCACCAUCACGCCCGAACCGGCCAGACACGAGGCCGACGGUGCCAGUCCGCAACCCCUCGAUAGACUCGGCCGCAUCCUCGCUGUCGUCGACGGCCUCGCAGAACCGCCCGCCCGCCAGCCAUGCGCCCCGGCCGUCGCAGGACACGAGCACCGCCAACCCCCCAGACAUGGCCAGUCUGAUGGCCGCUGCAGGCUCACCCGAGGCCGCCAUGCUGGCCCUGUGGAAGGACAAGCAGAACACGUCCAGCCACAACGCGCAGCUCUGGCGGCUGGUGGAGAAGCAACGGUCCAUGAUCAUCGGGCUCCAGAAAGACCUCGAGCGCGCACUGAAGGACAAGGACCGCUACCGCAGAAAGUUCAAGGAGUACGCUGAGCAGCUGCCACCCGGCCCCGGCUCGCUGCAAAAGUCCGACACGUUCGACUCGGUCGUGGAACGCGAGACCAGCCAGUCGCCAGCCCUCGGUGAGCAACCUGGUGACGCCGCUCGGCCCAGCGACACCAAAGCCACCGAGCACAAGACAUCGCCCCUGACGCAAGAGCACCCCGCACCGCAUCUCAUCCCAGACUCACAGCUAGCGACGUCGCCGUCUCAUUCCACGGCAUCCAACAUCUCGUCAGCCGUAAACUCACCUACAGACUACUCCGUGCAACCCCUUAGCCUUGGUAGCAGGGGCCUCGGCCUCGACUCUACAUUGCUGCAGCCCGGCGAUGCUGCUCAACCCCCAGCGCAAGCCCCGAAGCCAGCCACUCCUCCCCAGAACACCUCAGACGUGACGCUCGUCCCGGGCAGCUCACAGCUCCAGCCUCCGCAGAUAUCGCUGAUCCAAGCUACGCCUGUCGUCGGCGGCGAUGGCUUUGAAUCACCCCCAAGAAAGACUCCGCAGCCUCUGCGAAAGGCACCGCCAGCUCCACUCAACCUGUCGAAACCCACAACGACCAGCGCACAUCUCCACCGGGCCGUGCAUGGCGACGAUGUCGACUCUGAUUACGACGAUAUACUGGAGGUGGAUGAGAUACCUGUCGUGGAGCUGCGAGGAAGGAGAAAGACUCGAGAGGAAGAUGACAGGGUCCGUGAGGCCAUGUAUUCGAAAGAUGAGGAAGCUCGAAGCAAGUCGAAGAAGAAGAAAAGCGAAAGCAAGAGCAAACAAGCGACGCCUUCUGAAACACCAGCAGGCGAUCAGCCUCAGGCGGUCCCGGUUCCCCUUUCGCCGCGUCAGUUCAAUGCGCUGCAAUCGGGCCUUCCACUCUCUCCCCGUCACCCGCCAGCCAACUCUCUGAAUGCUCUUCUUAGUCCUGCAAACUCCGAUAGUUCUAUGAUGGCUAACCGGAGCGUCGCAUCCCCACUCAUGAGUCCAGGUCUACCUUCCAGCCCCCGACCCACGGACAGGCCACUCGGAUCGCCGUUACCCAGAAAUCCUAAGCAGUCCAUCGCAUCACCACCCAUGUCGCCGACUACCACGCACCAGUCGGCUGCUCGGGCAAUGCAGCAACAAGUUCCAUUCCCACCAAACACACCUCAGUCGUAUCAGUCACCCCCAGUCAACCAAAAUCAGCAGCCUAACCAGCUACGCAAAGAGGCGUCGACGGGCCUUUUGACUGUACCAGGUGCACAGCCCAGUCCAGAAUCACCAUCGAGCAGCCCUACCCUCAACGAUGUUCCGGAUGCAGAACACGUCUACCGCGGACUCGUGUCAGACCAGUACCCCGGACUCUUGCUGCCCCCGAAUGCACUGCCCUCCAUUCAAGUAAAGGUCUUCUCGUCUCGCCUUCGGCCAUCACGUAUGAGCAUGCUCGCCCCCAAGCCGCAGGAGGAGGACCCUGUCUUUAUUCUUGCCGUCUACGCCCGCUCUGAUAACAAACAGCUGUGGCGUGUGGAAAAGACCAUUGCUACGCUGCCUUCUCUAGACUCUCAGCUGAGGUCUUUGUGCGACUUUCAGGGACGACUUCCAGACCGUGCUCUCUUCGGAGGACAUGCGCCUGCCAAGAUUGACGCUCGCCGGGUCGCCCUCAACCAAUACUUUGAUACUGUCCUGGAAACUCCCAUGAACGAGAAGACGGCAUUGAUUGUCUGUGAAUACCUGUCUACUGAUGUAAUAGGCGCCCAGGCUGGCGAUAGACUGGCCCCCGAGCCCACACCAGGUCCGAUAGUGUCUGUUCAGAAAACGCAGCGCAAGGAAGGUUACCUCACCAAGCGUGGCAAGAAUUUCGGAGGCUGGAAAGCGCGUUUCUUUGUUCUGGAUGGCUCAGAGUUCAGGUACUUUGAGGGCGAGGGCGGUGCGCACUUGGGAACGAUCAAGCUGCAAAAUGCACAGAUUGGGAAGCAGUCACAACAGCAGUCAAACCAAUCGCCACAACGACGGGACGAUUCUGAAGAUAACCAAUAUCGACACGCCUUCCUCAUCUUGGAGCCAAAGCGAAAAGAUUCGACGAGCUUGGUGCGCCAUGUGCUGUGUGCGGAGAACGAUGAAGAGCGAGAUGCUUGGGUCGAGGCUCUUCUGCAACAUGUCGACAUACCAGACGAAACUUCGCCAGUCGAGAUUCGCGUCCCCUCUGCUACGCGUCUUCAAAAGCAGCAGGCCAGCCAAGAUUCGGCACGCUCUCAGCGGAGAGAAAGCCCUGAUAUGGGAGAGCAGGAUCGCUUGCAAGGCCUCAGCUAUGACGACACAGUGCAAGCGCAAGCUCCCGUCCGCGGACCCAAUCACCGUGAUAUGAUGGUAGAAAAGUCGUCACGGGGGUCGCCCAAGGAUUCGUCCUUCCUUCAAGAUAAUUCAGGUCACUAUCCUGCCAUCUCAGGACCAAGCAACGGAACCCCCAUCAAGGACUCUGAGAGCUGGGGCAGCAAACCAGCGGCAGGACCCACGACCGUCAAAGACAAGAAACGUAGCAUAUUCGGCUUUAGAGGUCGUGGCGGCUCUUCUGACCUCGCACCAGUCCAGGUCAGCACUCCGCUGCAGCCAGCUGUAGAACAUCGCCUGCCUCCGGGCCGCAGUGUGUUUGGUAUUCCACUUAUGGAAGCUGUGGAGUUUACGCAGCCUGACGGUGUCAACGUGGCGCUGCCAGCUGUCGUCUACAGGUGCUUGGAGUAUCUGCGAGCAAAGAAGGCAAUCAGCGAAGAGGGCAUCUUCCGGCUCAGUGGAUCAAAUAUUGUUAUCAAGGGCCUGCGCGAUCGGUUCAACAACGAAGGUGACAUCAGGUUGCUAGACGGGCAGUACUAUGACGUUCACGCCGUCGCAUCGCUUCUCAAGCUGUACCUGCGAGAACUGCCGGCCUCUGUCCUAACUCGGGAACUGCAUCUUGACUUCCUCAAGGUUCUCGAUAUGGACGAGCGUAGCAAGAAGAUCCAGAGCUUUAACGUUCUGGUACACAAGCUACCUAGGCCUAACCUUGAGCUCUUGCGACACAUGGCGUCUUUCCUGAUUGAGAUUGUCGACAAUUCCGGGGUGAACAAGAUGACCGUGAGGAAUGUUGGCAUCGUAUUUGCUCCGACUCUGAACAUUCCGGCCCCGUUGAUAUCCUUCUUCCUGACUGACUACACGGAUAUCUUCGGUACUGCUCUCGAUGAAGCAAGCUCCCCGAUCCACGAGAUCCGCAACAACACUUCUCACCUGGGGGACGACGCGAUUCGGUCUCCUCGGAGGCAGAUGUUCUCAGACCUCCCAACGCCGGCAUACAACGAGACGACAUUCCAGCAGCGUAUGGACCGACCGCCUCAAGGCUAUCAAGGGAAUAGCGCUCCCAGCUAUCCGCCCCCACAGCCCCCGCAGCAGUAUCAACAGCAGCAGCAGCAGUACGGCCAACAGCAGCAAGGCCAAUACAACGGCUAUGAUUCGGGAUUUAUUCCCAUGCGACCCAGCUACGAUGCGCCAGCCUACGACCAGCCAUAUCACUCUGGAGAGGGAUACGGCAGCUUGAACGGCGCUGUUCAGUCUAGCGGAGCUCGCGAACAGCGGCAACGAAAACGAGAGAGCGGCAUGCUUUUGAUGAACAUGGGCAUGGGCAUGGGCGGCCAACGCAAGGGCUCGGGUGGAUCCAACCCUCCACGCGGAGAUGGACGGAUGGAUGCACGAAUGUAUUCACAAAACACCAACAACCCUCUAAUGGUACGAGAAGAGACGGCGUUCGAGUGA